AACAAUGUAGCGAAUGUCCCGCUCGGGUCUGCGCGUCGGAACCGCGGCGUGAGCGCCCCGGGAAGAUGGAGCCGCCGCCGCCAGCGCCGCCACCGCUUCCCCGGACUCCCCCGACCCUACGGGGUCAGCAACCACUGCCGCCAGCGGCGCCCGGUCUCCCGGCGCGCGAGGUCCCGGAGCCGCGGGCCAGGACGCCGCCGAGGGUGUAGAGCGCUCCCGGAGAGAGUGAUGGUCUUCAAAAUGAAAUCUCUGGAAAAUUUUAGAUUCUCUUUAGGAACUACAGAAAUUGAAGGACAGAAAACGUUUGAAAGAAGUUGUUCUGAAAGCAUGUUUACAAUGAACUGACACUAUUGACUGUUCUUUUUUAAAUAUAAGACACUUGGAGAAGAUUGUAUUUAUGGUAAAAGGAAACUGGACUAACGAUGAGGCCAAAGACUUUCCCUGCCACAACUUACUCUGGAAAUAGCCGGCAGCGCCUGCAGGAGAUCCGGGAGGGGCUGAAGCAACCAUCCAAGCCUUCCACCCCGGGGCUGCCUGGGGGACCAAACAGUGACCCUCCCCUGGAUGCCAAAGGCCUGGGGGGCAAGGAUGCCUCCAGGCAGCAGCAGAUGAGAGCCACCCCGAAGUUUGGACCUUAUCAAAAAGCGCUCAGGGAAAUCCGAUAUUCCCUACUGCCCUUUGCCAAUGAAUUGGGCACUUCAGCCACUGCGGAAGUAAACCGGCAGAUGCUUCAGGAGUUGGUGAACGCGGGAUGCGACCAGGAGAUGGCUGGCAGAGCUCUCAAGCAGACGGGCAGUAGGAGUAUUGAAGCAGCCUUGGAGUACAUCAGUAAGAUGGGCUACCUGGACCCCAGGAAUGAGCAGAUUGUGCGAGUCAUCAAGCAGACCUCCCCAGGAAAGGGCCUGGUGCCCACCCCGGUGACUCGGAGGCCAAGUUUCGAGGGCCCGGGGGAAGCAUUCCCAUCCUACCACCAGCUGGGUGGUGCAAACUAUGAGGGCCCCGCUGCGCUGGAGGAGAUGCCACGGCAGUAUUUAGACUUCCUCUUCCCUGGGGUCAGCACUCACAGCACCCCUGGUCACCAACACCCUCCCAAAGGCUACAGCACAGCGGUGGAGGCAGGGGCGCACUUUCCGGGCACACACUAUGGUCGUCCUCACGUGCUAGCGGAGCAGCCAGGAUACGGGGUGCAGCGCAGCCCCUCCUUCCAGAGCAAGACAACACCAGACGCCUACUCCGGCCUGGCCAAAGCCCAGGGCGGCCCUCCUGCCAGCCUCGCCUUCCCUGCCCAUGCUGGGCUGUACACUACUGCACACCACAAGCCGGCCGCUGUGGCGCCUGGGGCCCACCCACUGCAUGUGUUGGGUGCCCGGGGCCCCACGUUCUCUGGCGACAGCCCCCCACAGGCAGUGCUAGCGCCAUCCAGGAACAGCCUCAACGCCGACUUGUAUGAGCUGGGCUCCCCAGUGUCCUGGGCGGCAGCACCACUGGCACGCCGCGACUCGAUGCAGAAGCAGGGUCUAGAGGGCACCCGGCAGCACGUGGCCUUCCGGGCCGCCCCCAGCAGGACAAACUCCUUCAGCAGCCCACAGCCCGAGCCCUCACUGCCCGCCCCCAACACGGUCACCGCAGUGACAGCUGCUCACAUCCUGCACCCUGUGAAGAGCGUGCGUGUGCUGCGGCCCGAGCCCCAGACAGCGGUGGGGCCCUCACACCCUGCCUGGGUGCCUGCGCCCACAGCACCUGCCACCGAGGGCCUGGAGACCAAGGAGGGCAGCACUGGCCAGCACCCGCUGGACGUGGACUACGGUGGCUCUGAGCGCAGGUGCCCGCCGCCGCCUUACCCGAAGCACCUGCUGCUGCCCAGCAAGGCCGAGCAGUACAACCUGGACCUGGACAGCCUGUGUACCGGUGUGGAGCAGAGUCUGCGUGGGGGCGCCACCGAGCAGGAACGGAGCGACAAGAGCCACAAGGGUGCCAAGGGAGACAAAGCUGGCAGGGACAAGAAGCAGAUCCAGACCUCCCCGGUGCCGGUCCGCAAGAACAGCAGGGAUGAGGAGAAGAGAGAGUCACGCAUCAAGAGCUACUCCCCAUACGCCUUCAAGUUCUUCAUGGAACAACACGUGGAGAAUGUCAUCAAAACCUACCAGCAGAAGGUCAGCCGGAGGCUGCAGCUGGAGCAGGAAAUGGCCAAAGCUGGACUCUGUGAGGCUGAGCAGGAGCAGAUGAGGAAAAUCCUCUACCAGAAGGAGUCCAACUACAACAGACUGAAGAGGGCCAAAAUGGACAAGUCCAUGUUUGUGAAAAUCAAAACUCUGGGCAUCGGUGCCUUUGGAGAAGUGUGCCUUGCCUGUAAGGUGGACACUCACGCGCUAUAUGCCAUGAAGACUCUGAGGAAGAAAGACGUCCUGAACCGCAACCAGGUGGCCCACGUCAAGGCUGAGAGGGACAUCUUGGCUGAGGCAGACAAUGAGUGGGUGGUCAAACUCUACUACUCCUUCCAGGACAAGGACAGCCUGUACUUUGUGAUGGACUACAUCCCCGGUGGGGAUAUGAUGAGCCUGCUGAUCCGGAUGGAAGUCUUCCCUGAGCACCUGGCCCGAUUCUACAUUGCAGAGUUGACUCUGGCCAUUGAGAGUGUCCACAAGAUGGGCUUCAUCCACAGGGACAUCAAGCCCGACAACAUCUUGAUCGACCUGGAUGGUCACAUUAAGCUGACAGAUUUUGGCCUCUGCACCGGAUUCAGGUGGACUCACAAUUCCAAGUACUACCAGAAAGGGAACCACAUCAGACAGGACAGCAUGGAGCCUGGUGACCUCUGGGAUGAUGUUUCCAACUGUCGCUGUGGAGACAGAUUGAAGACGCUGGAGCAGAGAGCACAGAAGCAGCACCAGCGGUGCCUGGCUCACUCUCUGGUCGGGACACCAAAUUACAUAGCACCUGAGGUGCUUCUCCGCAAAGGGUACACACAGCUCUGUGACUGGUGGAGUGUUGGCGUGAUUCUUUUUGAGAUGUUGGUUGGGCAGCCACCUUUCUUGGCACCUACCCCCACGGAAACCCAGCUGAAGGUCAUCAACUGGGAGAACACGCUGCACAUCCCCACGCAGGUGAAGCUGAGCGCCGAGGCCCGCGACCUCAUCACCAGGCUGUGCUGCGCGGCCGACAGCCGCCUGGGCAGGGAUGGGGCCGACGACCUCAAGGUGCACCCCUUCUUCAGCGCCAUCGACUUCUCCCGCGACAUCCGGAAGCAGCCCGCGCCCUACGUCCCCACCAUCAGCCACCCCAUGGACACCUCCAAUUUUGACCCGGUGGAUGAAGAAAGCCCCUGGCACGAGGCCAGCGGCGAGAGCGCCAAGGCCUGGGACGCGCUGGCCUCCCCCCACAGCAAGCACCCAGAGCAUGCUUUCUACGAGUUCACCUUCCGCAGGUUCUUCGACGACAACGGCCACCCUUUCCGGUGCCCGAAGCCCUCCGAGCCGGCCGAGGGCGCAGGCCCCGAGGAUGCAGAGCUGGGCAAUGCCCCCGAGAGCUGCCAGCCGGUGUAUGUGUAAGCGGCCCGUGGCCUCAGUGAUCACAGCUCGGGAAGCUCUGGUCGUUGACAAGAAAACCCCAAACAAGAUUUUUUUUUUUUAAGACAAACUCAAGUUUAGGAAUCCUUCAUUUCUAGUUCUGGCUAAUGGGCAACAGGGAGGGUCACCAUGACUUGGAGUGGGUCCUCUGAGGACCUUCACGGCAUUAAAACAAUAUUUUUAAAAAUUUAGUACCAUAUGGAAAGAGCACUUAUUUUAUGGAUACCCAUUUUUUUCUUACUAAAUUAUAAGGAUUAACUUUGACAAAUCAUGCUGCUGUUACUUCCAUUUGUGUUUUAUCUGAUAGCACUUGUCCACAUGUAGGAAAGAAGUAAGAACUGAAGAACAUGUGAUAAGAAGUCUGUGCAAUAAGUGAGAGAAAAGACCACGCUCCGCUCCAAGUCACGAAGACCGUGUAUCCACACGGUGGCUUUGUUUUAUAGCUUUCCCACAUUUCACAGUUGUGAUGUAAUGUUUAAAAGCUGCUUUUGUGCUUCUCUUUUUCUUUGCAUAUUAUAGUAUCCUAGAGAGAGUGACACAGGAAUGAUGGGCGGUCCGUGUCUGAGGUGUGGAAAGUUCUGCGUGAGCAGUUUUCUAUUAUAAAUUACCGUAUCUUGCCAUUCACAGCAGGUCCUGUGAAUAUGUUUUUAAAUGAGGUAUUCUAGAAAGUGUGCUGAUAAUGUAUUGUGUGGGUGAUGAUUGUAGCCCUUAUUGUUAAAGAAAUGCUUAUAUGUAACUGAAGUGUGAUUUUUUUUUUUUAAACAUGUGUGUCUUGGAUAUGACUGGGUUCUUUGGGAGGCAAUUGUAAACAUUUGUCAUAUAUAAAACACAUCAAAAGGGAUUAAUUCACCUAUGCCAAAACAUUGGGCAUAAUCGUAGCACUCUGUCCACUUUUCUAGUCCAGCAUGCCGUCAGUCUUGGUAUGUGGAAAGCUGUAGCGGGGACCUAAGUUUUUUCACUAACGGGUUCCCACACCAAAAGGCGAGGUAAGUGUUGUUUCCUGUUUCCUCAGUCAGCCAAGGCGUCACCGUGAGACUCAGUCCUGUGAUUCUCUCACAGGGCGAGGUGUCAAAUCUUAAGAUGGCUUACCCAACACGUUUUUCUAACUUUGUAAAAAGAAAAAAGAUUCUUCAAAGUGACAUUGAAGUACAAAAACAAGCCAUACAUUUUUUUUCUUAGACAUAUAGGUGUAUAUAUAACUAUAGAUAAACACACAAAAUAUUCCUUACUUCAGAUUAGUAUGGUUCCUAUUUAAAAGUGAUUAUAUUUGAAUACAUUCAAUUUCUUUUGCUUUUUAAAAGAUGGAAUGCAUCACAUUUUCAUUAUACUAUUCCACAUAUCUUCCUUGAGGUUCUUAGCAUAAUGUAUCCGUUACUUAGUAUGUAUCUAGGCAGAAACACUUACAAAUUUAUCUAUGUCUAAGAAACAUUCCUGUGUCCUGGUUUACAUUUGUAUGAAUGGCAUAUUCUGAAGUCUGCUGUGCUUGUAUUGUGACUUACAGUAUUCUUGCUAUUUUGUAGUAAUGCCGUGUUAUUUACAGCGCUCUGACAUAGUUUCAUGUGGUAGGUUCUUUCUCAGGAACUCGAUUUAACUAUUAUUUAUUGAUAUAUCAUUGCCUUUGAAAGCUUCUACUGGCACAAUUUAUUAUUAAAACUUUAAAUCCAA